AUGCGAGACGAGAACAUCAGGGAGAAACCUUUCAAAUGUAAUGAAUGUGGGAAAACUUUCUUCCAGAAGUCACAAUUUGCUGACCAUCAGCGAACACACACAGGGGAGAAACCUUAUGGUUGCAAUGAGUGUGGAAAAUCUUUCUACUAUAAGUCAGCCCUAAACGUACAUCAAGGGAAGCAUACAGAAGAGAAACGCUAUAAAUGUACAGAGUGUGGGAAAUCCUUCUGCUAUAAGUCAGCCCUAAUUAUACAUCAGGUAAUUCAUACAGGUAAAAAACCCUAUGAUUGUAAUGAAUGUGGGAAGGCCUUUUGUGUGAAGUCAAAUCUCACUAAACAUCAGAAAAUUCACACAGGGGAAAAACCCUAUGGGUGUAAUGAGUGUGGCAAAUCCUUCUCUAUGAAUUCAGUCCUAAUUGUACAUCAGAGAACUCACACAGGGGAAAAACCCUUUGGAUGCAAUGAAUGUGAAAAGUCCUUCUACAAAAAGUCAGCCCUCACUAAACAUAAGAGAACUCACACAGAGGAAAGGCCACAUGAAUGUAACGAAUGUGGAAAGUCCUUCCACAUGAAAUCAACCUUAGUUAUACAUCAGAGAACUCACACUGGAGAGAAACCUUACAAAUGUAAUGAUUGCGAAAAGUCAUUCUAUGUGAAGUCACAUCUUAAUAUUCAUCAGAGAAAUCACACAGGAAAGAAACCCCAUGUAUGUAAUGAAUGUGGGAAAGCCUUUUCAAUGAAGUCAAACCUCACUGAUCAUCAGAGAACACAUUCAAAAGAGAAACCCUAUGAAUGUAAUGAAUGUCAGAAAACCUUUCGCCAUAAGUCAACCCUAACUGUACAUCAGAGAACUCAUACAGGAGAGAAGCCCUAUAAAUGUAAUGAAUGUGGGAAAUCCUUUUAUAUGAAGUCAGCCCUCAGUCAACAUCAGAGAAUUCAUACAGGAGAGAAACCCUAUGAAUGUAAAGAAUGUGGGAAAACCUUCUUCCAGAAAUCACACCUUACUAAACAUCAGAGAACACACACAGGGGAGAAACCUUAUGAAUGUAACGAGUGUGGGAAAACUUUCUUCCAGAAGUCACAUCUCAUUGAACAUCAGAGAACACACACUGGGGAGAAGCCCCACAAAUGUAAUAAAUGUGGCAAAUCCUUUUGCUAUAAAUCAGCCUUAACCAUUCACCAGAGAACUCACACAGAAGAGAAGCCCUAUAAAUGUAAUGAAUGUGAUAAAUCUUUCUGUAUGAAAUCACACCUCACUGUGCAUCAGAGAACUCACACAGGGAAGAACCCAUUUGAAUGUAACGAAUGUGGGAAAACUUUUUACGUGAAGUCAAACCUCAUCAAUCAUCAGAGAACUCACACAGGGGAGAAGCCAUAUGAAUGUAAUAGAUGUGGGAAAUCUUUCUGUAUGAAGUCAACCCUCACAGUACAUCAACGAACACACACAGGGGAGAAACCUUAUGAAUGUAAAGAAUGUGGGAAAACCUUCUGCAAGAAAUCAACUCUGACUAGUCAUCAGAUGAUUCACAUAAGAGUGAUACCCUAA